UGCGGCUCUCCGUCGCUGCCCGCACACGCGGUGGGCCCGGUGGCUGCGAGGAGACGCGCGGGGCGUGUGUCCUCCGCCGCGUCCUCCCGCGCUCAGGCAGCGAGGCUGCGUGGCUGUUGGGAGACACUUCUGCACGUUCCUGGGCUCCUGAGGCAGUGCGCACGGUUGGGAGCUGUGCUGAGGGCCCCUCCUCGCCUGUGGGUUGGUGAGCACCAGAGGGCAGACACUCAGGGGCUCACAGCUUCUCUGGCCUCCCUGUCUGCUGAGCAGUGCCACGUGUGGUUGUCCUAAGAAAAGGUCGUUCUCCUUUGAUGAUUCUCAAGACAGUUGUGCUAGACAGUGGCAACAGUCUCCAGGAAGCGGGAUGUCAGAGCCUCUGGGAAAAAUGCUGCUCCUUUCUGGCGCGAUGAUUGCUGGAGUCGUUCCCCUCGUGUAUUACGGUAUACAGAAAGCUUUUUCCAGAACUUCCUAUUAUCAGCUGGCUGUGGAGCAGCUGCGAAGUCACCCUGAGGCCCUGGAAGCUCUGGGCAGUCCUCUCAAUGUCCACCAUCUUGAGCUCACCGACAGGCACAACUUCGUGGACAUUGCCGAUGCCAAGUUGAAGAUUCCUGUGUCUGGAUCCAAGUCUGGGGGUCAUCUGUACGUCUACUCAUCCAGAGAAGGCCCCUUUCGGAGGUGGCACCUUCAGGAGGUCUUCCUAGAGCUCAGUGAUGGGCAGCAGAUUCCUGUGUUCAAGCUCGGCAAGGAGAGUGGCAGUGAAUUCGAAAAGGAGUAAAGGUGAUGAGGACGACUCAGCAUCCCCUCCUUCCACUGCAAGCCACAUCCUGCAGCCACCAGUACAAUGAAUGUGUGCUGGCAUAUGGUAAUUUGGGUAUCAUUCAUUGAGAAAAUGAUACCCUGACCUCAAUGAAUGCUACUGUGUUUUUAUCAUUUAUUUAAAAAUGCUCUGUAUAAAAAAAGCAAAGCACAAGAUAACGAAAGACUGUUUUCAGUUUCUGCUGGUUCUUUUCCUCCUGAUCAAUAAAGAUUGAGGCUUACUAGAACUGAAGAGCUUUCUCAACUGCUGACAUCAUUGUGCCAACACAAACCAGGUACUACUUACUGUUUGUUCACUCAACCUUCAAUUCCUGUUAAGUAACUUCCAUCACUUGGAAAGACUGUUUGCUAUUUUCAUGUCUAUUUCAGUUACUACCUGUCAGAUCUGCACAAUAAUUACUUUCAUUCCAUCAUUUUGAAAGCUUAAAGCUUUAAUUGUCUAACAUGAGCUUUAUGUGUACCUAUGUAAUCUACAGCUACCAGGUCCUGAUCCUUUACUCCCCAAUCAAUUCAACUACCUGUACAACAAAGUCAUAUUCUAAGCUUACUGUUUUUAAAAAGACACUGCAUUUUGAAGAGCCCUUCUUCUAAGACCCAGAGCUUACAAAAAGUUUAUUAUCCUUCCUUUCAAAAACAAAGCUAACCCUCGUAGUAGCACCAGGCUUUCAUGCAGUUGUAAUUGUCUACAAGGACAUUUGUAAGCUUUUGCCCUUGUAUUAAUAUUCACUGGAGAGGAUUCAAUAACUAAAAUGCUGAUGGAGCAUGAAGCCUUCAGUCUGUACAAUUCAGAGUGUCUUUUUCCUUUGGAGCUGCUUUGCCGGUUAUGCUAUUACGUGUGUCAACUUAUUAUGCAGACCUGGCAACUUUUCACUUCCUUUAUUCUUUGCUGUGGCUCAAGUAUAGGACAGGGGCCUAAGUGGUUUAUGUGUUCUGAAGUAAAAACAAAUGAUAGCUUUAUUUGUGUAGAGUUAGAUAUAACAAAAGUUUUUCUGAGCCAGUGGGCAGAAAAAGAACCUGUUGUGUGAAACUUCAUUUGUAGAAAGCUACCAUUCUUGGGACAUUUUUUAAGUCCCAAACUCACCAUAUUCCUGGAUGCAGUAGGCAUUCUUUCCUGUUCUUUAAGGAGAGCAGUGUUGUGUACUUCCAGCCCACUACUUCCUGUGACUCAGCUGUUAAUUUCCAUGCCCUACUUUGAUGACGACUUCAUGCUGUCGGCAAAAGAAAAGGUAACUUUCUGCUAUGGGCCCUGUUUGGACAGGUGAACCCAGCAUAGCCAGUAACAAGAUAGCACAGUCCACAGAUCGCAGAGAAGAAUUGAGUAGAAUUCUUAAGAAUUACAGACUUAUGGCAGAGGAAGUCACAGCCAACAAAUGGCAGCAUGAGUUCCCUGUAGAAAAACGCUGUAAGCUCUUUACCUGCAGCGUGCUCACCAGCUACAAUGCUGGGUGACUGGCCAAGGGCUGAGGAGUUAAGAGAAAUCCAGGAGAGCAUUUGUCCAUAUUGGCCUUCAAGACUGAGGUCUUGCUAAGCAGACACGAUAAAGAAUACCUUUUGGCGGGGGAGGCAGGAGGCAUGCCUCAGAAACAGGUAAAACAAUGUCCUGGAAGGGUAGCAUAAAGUGAAUGCUAGAACAUUUUAAACAAGUUUGUAGCCACAUCAAAAAUUGAUUCUGCUGUCGAUGCUGGUUUCAGAGGCUGCCAACACCUGUGUAAUUCUCAGAUCAUAAUUUUUAGUGUAAGUAUUCACCAGGGGAUCAUUACCCCUAGUACAGGUGCAGUACAGGAAGAUGAAGCUGAUGAAGGUUACGUAGUUACACAAAGCAGCUCUGCCCUCUGGAAAGGUAAGGGAAAUAUUCUGUGGGCUGUAGUCAUUGCACUGCUUAUGAUUUUCAGUUUG